UGUCAUCCCUGACACCUUGUUUGAGAUCGCGAGACCACGACGUUGAGAUUUGAAAUCCAACAUGGCGGCGCCCGGCAGCUAGAUUCUACAUUUCUGCUAAACUUCAACUUAAAUAUAUACUUUUUUCGGAAACCAGUUUAAUACAAAUAAACACAGGACCACACACCGCAAUUUUAGAGCGGAGGACUUAGAAGCAUUUAUCGAUCAUUAGGGUACUACUACAAGUGCGCAAUGGAAGAGGACAACCAGAUCAACAACCCAGCAAAAAGAAAAAAGACGGACUCAUCCACCGACAGACAGGGAAGUAAACUUUGGGGAGGACGUUUCGUGGGAAACACUGACGCUAUCAUGGAGAAGUUCAAUGCGUCCAUCGAUUAUGACAAGAGGAUGUGGGAUGCUGACAUCCGAGGGAGCAAGGCUUAUGUGAAAGCUCUGGAAAAGGCAAAGCUGGUCACCACGGAGGAGAUGAGCCGCAUUUUACGUGGGCUGGACGAGAUUUCUGAAGAGUGGUCCAAAGGUGGUUUUGUGAUCAAACCUGGAGAUGAGGACAUUCAUACUGCUAAUGAGCGCAGGCUAAAGGAGCUGAUUGGUGCACCUGCAGGUAAGCUGCACACUGGCAGGAGCAGAAACGACCAGGUCGUGACUGACAUGAGGCUGUGGCUGCGAGAUGCCAUCUCGACCCUGACAGGCAAUGCCCUACAGCUGAUAACUACCAUGGUGGAGCGGGCAGCAGCAGAAAUUGAUGUCCUGUUUCCUGGUUACACCCACAUGCAGAGAGCUCAACCAAUCAGAUGGAGCCACUGGAUCCUAAGUCACGCUGUUGCUCUGAGCAGAGAUGUGGACCGGCUUCAGGAGAUCAAGAAAAGAGUUAAUGUUUUACCUCUAGGCAGUGGUGCCAUCGCUGGAACACCAUUUGACAUCGACAGGGAGCUGCUGCGGAAAGAGUUGGAUUUUGACAGCAUCAGUCUAAACAGCAUGGAUGCCACGGGCCAAAGGGACUUUGUCGUGGAGUUCUUGUUCUGGGCUUCGUUGUGUUUGACCCAUCUCAGUAAGAUGGCUGAGGACCUGAUGCUGUACAGCACAAAAGAGUUCUCCUUCAUCGCACUCUCUGACGCCUACAGCACAGGCAGCAGUCUGAUGCCCCAGAAGAAGAAUGCUGACAGUCUGGAGCUGAUCAGGAGUAAAGCAGGUCGUGUCUUUGGCAGCUGUUCAGGGUUCAUGAUGACCCUGAAGGGCCUGCCCAGCACCUACAACAAAGACCUGCAGGAGGAUAAAGAGGCCAUGUUUGACUGCUAUGAUACUGUUCAUGCUGUGCUGCAGGUGUCAACUGGAGUCAUGUCAACUCUUAAGAUUAACCGGACUGUGAUGGAAGCUGCCCUCAGUCCGGACAUGUUGGCCACUGACUUGGCCUACUACCUUGUGAGGAAGGGGGUGCCAUUCAGAGAGGCCCAUGGUAUCUCUGGUAAAGCUGUGUCCGUAGCUGAAUCCAAAAAUAUCCUCCUGAAUCAGCUCACUGUGGACGACCUGAGAGCUGUUAGCCUUCUGUUUGAAAGUGACGUGUCCUCAGUGUGGGACUACUGGAGCAGUGUGGAGCAGUAUAGCGCCCCUGGUGGCACAGCCAAGAGUAGUGUUGCUGCACAGGUGGACCACCUGAAGAACUGGCUUCUGAGAAACUCAGUGACUUCAACCUAAUUUCACCUUAAUAUUUUGAAUCAGGUUCACUGCCAUAAUUUAUAUUAUGGCCAUAAUUUAUAUUAUGGCAGUGUAUGAAAUGUCAGAUUGCGUGCCAGAGUGGCUUUUGUUUUUUUUUUUUACUUGAAUACCAUGUUGCCUUUCAAACAUUCUCCUCUCUUCUUUUUUAGUACGUAUGACAUGGCAGUUGGUUGACAUGUAACCUAGGGAUGCUUUAAUUGAAGUGUUAAAAAGGACCUGACCUGUGUAAAAUAGGUGACAGGUAAAUGUUACUCAAACAGUAUCUUACAGCCUGAUCAUUAAGUUUGACUGAUUUCCACCACACGGGCAUCUGAGGCUAUUUAUCUUCCUGUGUUGACCCACACAGACUCAAGAUGGUGCUGUUUAAUGGCACAGUAAGACUUGUUUUUUUACAGCAGAGACAAAAACAGAGGUGUUAAUUUAUCGGUCAUGAAAAUGGUUUAACGUUACGUGUCUGUCCAAAGUUACAGCUAUAACAGUAAAAUAUGUGUGGUGUUCUAGUUGUCUAGUGAAUGUAAUGGUAACAUAUAUACGAUCACUGUCAAUUUACAUUUAGUUAAUUUCAUAAAACUCACCUGUUGAUGAGCUCCACACAGUGUACUAAAACAAAAGGCAAGGCUUAUUUAUUUCUAUACACAAUUUUAAACAAAAGUUUUAGGCAAAAAUACAAAGUUUUUUUAGGGUGUGUAUACACAAACUUAACAGAAAAAUGCUUAAGAAACAGAAACAAUAAUUGAUUAGAUUUUAUUGACAUGAAAUCAACAAUUGGUAUUGUCCCUAAAAAGCCCAAAAGGAGCAUUCCUAAUGUAAAAAUAUUAAAGUCUCAUUGGUAAUCCUACAAGAGUUCACUUGUAAAUCUGGCGGCACAUUUCUCCCCAGUUUAAAUUUCAUAAAUGUUGAUUAUAUACAAAGCAAUGUAUUAAGCACUUAAAGAGGGUCAUAUCAUAAGCAGGAAUACAGAAGAAGUUGUUACUCAGACAGAUAAUCACAGGUAUUUAUGCACAUUUAGAACUCAUUUGGUUUUCCCACAAUAAACAAGUGUACAGUUAGGUAAAAGCCUUAAUCAUCUAAUCUUACUUCUAUGUUCAAUUGUCUGAACAACAGUACAUAGAACAAUAUACAUGACAAGUAAAGAAGAAAUAGCAGUUAAUGAAAAAGGAAAUUCCUUCAGCUUGUAACUGUCAGAAAGAAAAAACACUUAUUGUAAACCCCUAAUUCUAUACUUUUUAUUCAUCACUUCUUAAAAAACACAUUUAAGGAAAAGCAGAUUAGAGUUAAUGUAAAGCCAUACUGUGCGAAUAUAGAAUAUUGACUCCUAAUGACAACAAAAAUAAGGAAAGUUGACAUAAAGGCCUGCUGAGGUAAAGAUCCCUUCUCCUUAUGUGCUGCAGGAUAUUAAAAUUUACACAGAGACUGAGUGCCAUCCACAGCUGGGCUCAGCAGACUGUUUACUCAUUAAAAAAUGAUGAUUACAGAGUCA